AUGGCCGCCAAUACGUUGAAGGACAACUUCCACGUUGACUACGUCAUCCGCUAUCGCUAUGGAGGUAACACAGCAUCCGCCUGCAACUCUACAGAAUCCGUUGGCAAACUGGAAACCCUCCUCCGGACGCUAGCAAAGACCGGGCUACAGACCCAGGUCCGUCAGGGUGAUGAGUCGACGCUGCUGGUUUUUGUGCGGGCGACGGACCAGAGCCUCCGCCGGGCGGUAUAUCAAUCUCGUGUUCGCGACUGGCUGUAUGGGGUCCGCAACUCCGAACCCGACCCGACGGGCGACAAUGAGGUCCUCAGCGAGGCGGAGCGUCUGCGCGUCAUCCACCACAUGCUGAUUCUCCCCCGCGACGAGGGAGGCGCUGGGAUCACGCCGGACCACGGUGAGUGGAAGGACGUGGUGGCCCUGUUCCCCUUGCACGACGAGGCGGUGAACAAGAAAUGGAUCAAGGAGUGGUCGCAGAAGACGUUUCUCUCGCCCGAAGACCUGGACCAGAUCCGGAACAAGUUCGGCGAGGAUGUGGGAUUCUACUUUGCCUUCCUGCAGUCCUAUUUCCGCUUCCUGGUGUUUCCCGCCCUGUUCGGCUUUGCCUGCUGGAUGCUGCUGGGGUCCUAUUCCGUCAUCUACACGGCCAUCAACUGUCUGUGGGGCAUCGUCUUCAUCGAGUACUGGAAGCGUUCCGAGGUCGAUCUCGGCUACCGCUGGCAAACCAGGGGGGUCUCAGCUGUGCGGAUGACGCGACGCGAGUUUCGUCCAGAGAGUCAGGUCCGAGAUGAGCACACGGGCGAACUGUGCGGCGUGUUCCCGGCCUCGAAACGUAUCUAUCGCCAGCUACUGCAGAUCCCGUUUGCCCUGGUGGCUGCCGUCGGUCUGGGCAUCAUCAUCGCCACCUGCUUUGCCAUUGAGAUUUUCAUUUCCGAAGUCUAUAACGGGCCGUUGAAAACCUACCUGGUCUUCAUCCCCACUAUUCUGCUCUCCUCGCUGGUCCCCACAAUGAGUGCGGUGCUGCUGACCGUGGCAACCCGGCUGAACGAGUACGAAAACUACGAAACGCAAGACGCGUACCACACCGCGCUGACGCAGAAGAUCUUCGUCAUCAACUUCAUCACUUCGUACCUGCCCAUCUGCCUGACGGCGUUUGUCUACGUGCCGUAUGCCGACCGGAUCGUGCCGUACCUCGACGUCUUCCGGCUGACCGUGCGACCGUUUGUUUCUAAGGAGCACGCGAGCGCCGCGCGCGCCGACUUUAGCAUCGACCCGGCGCGCCUGCGCAACCAGGUGAUCUACUUCACCGUCACGGCGCAGAUUGUGGGGUUUGCCAUGGAGACCAUCGUUCCGUACGUCAAGCAGCACCUGCUGCGGGAAUACAAGGCGUACCGCAAGAACAACCAAAGUAACGGGAAUGGCGACUCGAGCGAGAAGACAGUUGCAUACGACGACCCCGCCGAGGAGGUGCAGUUCCUCACGCGCGUGCGCAACGAGGCCGACCUCCCCGCGUAUGAGGUCACGGACGACUUCCGCGAGAUGUGCAUCCAGUUCGGGUAUCUGGCGCUGUUCUCGCCGACGUGGCCGCUCGUCCCGGUCUCGUUCCUGAUCAACAACUGGGUCGAGCUGCGGUCGGACUUUUUCAAGAUCUGCAUCGAGUGCCGCCGUCCUGUACCGCAACGGUGCGACACCAUCGGGCCCUGGCUGGACAGUCUCGGCUUUCUGGCGUGGGUGGGCAGUCUGAGCAGCGCGGCACUCGUCCAUCUCUUCCGGAAUGGCGUCGUGGCCGGGACGCCUCCCGAUAUCUCCCCCAAGGGUCUUAACAACAACAACAAGGGAAUCGAGGACAUCUCCGGCUGGGCCCUGCUUUUGACUCUGUUCUGCUCCGAACAUCUCUACCUGGCUGUGCGGUACGCCGUGCGGGCCGCGAUGGACAAGUUCGAGCCGCCGAAUGCCCGUCGGGAGCGGGCCGCGCGGUACGUCAUGCGCAAGCGACUCAUCGAGUCCUCGCUGAACAGCAACCCCGACACUCCUCCGGGGGAGACGAGUACCGAAGGUCUCGAGGACCAGAUCACCCCAGCCUCCCUCGAGGCCGACGCACGCGACGCAUCCCUCCACGACACCGACCCGACGGAGAAGUUCUGGACGCACCAGCGCGGAUGGCGGGAGAGCGCGCAGAUCGGGGCUCGCAUCAUGGCGCAGGGGGUGCAGGAAGCCAAGAAGGAGAAAUAG